AUGAGUGGCACACGCCAUUCACCGUACCCUCCUCAUAGGUCUCGAGGCCGCCACCACAGCGAUGACCUUCAAUUCGAUUCUGCCUACGACCGCGACGAUGACGAUGGCCAUGACCGCGCUAACAGACGACGACGAGAAAGCAGAGUAAGGGAAAGCCGGGCGAGAAGAAGCGGGUACCGUGGUGUUAACACUGAAGAUGAAGGCGUACAUACACCAGAUGAAGAUGACGGAUUUGAUCACAGAAGACAUAGGAGCAGGAGGAGGGAGCAUCGGCCGUCGAGGGAUAGGCAGCACAGAGAACGAGUACGACAGCGCGGUGAAAGCGCCGCACUGGAUAGCAUGACUGAAAGCGAGGACAUACCUGUUGACACAAGACCGAGUUUUGCGCGGCCGCCGGAUGUAAAACUCUCUCCUCGCGCAGACAGGCGCCAAAGAGAUCGAGAUCGCGAUAGGCAUUCGUAUUAUCCUAGCCCGAGAGCUGGACAUAAAGCAAAGGAAUCACCCGCCACUUCGCCUGUCAAGAAACGGGACCGUGAACGGGAUCGGGAAGGACAUAACAGACAUCGGUCUAGAAGGGACAGUACCGCCGAUGAAGAUGGCGACAGACGGUUAAGAGAUCGGAGGAGAAGGGGCUAUGAUACGGAUCAUGAGCGCGAGCAUAAGGACAGGGAUACGAAACGCCAUGAAAGGCGGGAGAAGCAUACCAGCAACGACUCUGCGAAUAGUGCGACUGUGCUACUUAGUUCAGAUGCAUUGGCGCAGCUUGAUCAGUUAAACCGCAAAACAGACGAGGAUAUGAAGAAAAAAGCUCGAAAGGAGGAAAUUAAACAGCAGAAGAAAGAGAAGAGGAAGAAGAGAUACAUUUUUGAAAGCGGAUUUGGUGGGGAUAGUGAGGAGAGGGAGAGCUCAGGGGAGCUACAGAGAAAAAAGAAAAGGGAGAAGGACAGAGAAAAGGAAAAGAAAAGACUCGUUUCCGGUGCCUAUCUCGAAGAAGGGAGAAGCCCUGAGCUAAGAACCAGAGGAGGCGGGAGGCACCGUGCAGAGAAAUAUCAUGGUGGUGGAGGGCGAGGUGGAGGAGGUGAUGAUGAUUAUUUCAGUGACGGUUACGACGACGAGGACGAGGGCGAUACCGGCAAAGGAUGCCUUCAGAACUGGAGCAGGAAAAAAAAAAUCAUUGUUGCGGUCGGAGUGUGUCUUGUCCUACUUGCGAUUAUCAUCGCCGUCGCCGUUGUGGUGUCGAAGAAGAACAGCGGCGGCGGUGGUGGGAAACAUCCUGAUGGCCCUGUUACUACUGGGCCUUCGCAUAGUGAGCUCGAUGGAAUCAGCCCCGACUCUAUACCGCCUGAUGCAAAGGGAACCCAUCUAGAUCCGUUUUCGUGGUAUGACACGGCGGAUUUCAAUGUCACAUAUACCGAUGAAACAGUUGGCGGUUUACCCAUCAUGGGCCUAAAUUCGACUUGGGACGACUCAGCCCAGGCGAACGAGAAAGUCCCAGCGUUGGACAAGCCAUUCCCAUAUGGUAAACAACCUAUCCGGGGUGUUAAUAUCGGUGGCUGGCUUUCCAUGGAACCUUUCAUCACCCCAUCUUUCUUCCAGCGGUAUUCUUUACGAGAUAACGUCGUGGACGAGUAUACCCUUACCAAACGCCUGGGUAAUGCAGGGAAACCGACGUUGGAAAAGCACUACGCUACGUUUAUCAAUGAGCAGUCUUUCAAGGAGAUACGUGAUGCUGGAUUUGAUCAUGUUCGGAUACCAUACGGAUACUGGGUAGUCACAACCUACGAGGAUGACCCUUAUUUCGCUAAGAUGGGGCUGGCAAAAUUUGGUUUACGCGUGAACCUAGACCUUCACGGCGUUCCAGGGAGCCAGAACGGAUGGAACCACUCGGGGCGUCAGGGUGCGAUAAAGUGGCUUAAUGGCGACGACGGUGCUAAAUGGGGUCAAAGAGCACUUGACUUACACGACCAGCUGUCCAAGUUCUUUGCUCAACCACGGUAUAAGAAUGUCAUUGCUCUAUAUGGCCUUGCAAACGAACCGAUGAUGUUGAAGUUGGAAAUUGAGCCGGUUUUGGACUGGACCACCAAAGCUGCCGGUAUUGUAGGUGAAAAUGGAAUGAAACAGAAAAUUGUCUUUGGAGACGGCUUCUUGAAAUUAUCAAAAUGGUCGAGUAUCCUGCAAAACACAGGCCAUGAUCUGGUUAUAGAUACACACCAGUACACAAUCUUCAACGCCGACCUGAUUAAACUGACACACAAGAAGAAACUUGAAUUUGUCUGCGAUAGCUGGAUUGAUUUAAUCACCAAGAGCAGCACUAAAGGAAGCGGAUACGGCCCAACAAUCUGUGGUGAAUGGUCCCAGGCAGACACAGACUGUACGAUAUACAUCAACAGUGUCGGAGUCGGCUCCCGCUGGACAGGCACUAUGGACAAAAACCCCAUAGGCGGAGAUCCCGUCCUCACCCCAUCCUGCCCCAGCGGCAAUCAGUGUUCCUGCGAUGCAGCAAAUGCAGACCCAUCUGAGUACUCGGAUUCCUACAAGAAAUGGCUUAAAAUAUACGCCGAAGCUCAAAUUUCGGCCUUCGAAAAGGGCUGGGGCUGGUUUUAUUGGACCUGGGACAGCGAAUCUGCUGCCCAGUGGAGUUGGAGGAAGGGAAUGGCAGCGGGUAUACUACCUGCCAAAGCAUAUGAACCAGAGUUCAAAUGUGGUGACGAUAUCCCUGAUUUUGGCGAUUUGCCAGAGAAUUAUUGA